UGUAAGAUGUGUCAAGGUGUUUUGUGGACAAGUGCUAACAUGUUUAAUCAUUUUGGUGGUAGUCGAGUAGCAGAGGACCAGUAGAUAAGCUCUAGAUUAAAACGGCAACAUAUGAGCUAAGUUAUGGUUUGAGAAGACAGUUAUUUACAAAGUUAACAAACGAAUACCUGCGAAGACGUUAUAAUGAAAAAGGAGCUUCAUAAAUAAUCAAUAAGCUCCGGGUCGGUCAAUCACUAUCGAUCCUUUCAAGGAAAAACAAAUGUCUGACUUCCUUUGUAGCAGCUACAAAACCCCCACAAGAACAACAUGUUACGCAAUUUGUUUACGGUGUUUUUCAUACUGGUGAUAUGUAACGGAGGAAUGUAUUGAACGUUACGAGAAGGUAACGCCAGGAUCAGAAUGGCUUCUGAAAAUGUCACAAGCUUUCCUAACUCGACUAUUUCUCCUGAACCACCAAACCCUGUACACGACGCAGACGAUGCCUCCACGGCUCCUAGGAUGGCGUUUUUGGCUCUCUUCAUCGUGGUGUCGUUCGUGGGCAACACCUGUAUCAUGAUCGUGAUCGUACCAAACAAGAAAUAUCGGCGCGUAGCGCUCAAUGUGGUAAUUCUCAAUAUGGCAGUGUUGAAUGUCUACGACAGCUUAGCCAACAUGACAGUGGUUUUCGGGUCGCUCGUGUCCCCAGGCUGGCAGUUUGACAAGUUGUUGUGUCAAUUCAACACGUUUUCUAUGAAUCUUGUCAUCGUUGAAACGGUACUGACAAUUUUUGUUUUAAUAAUCGAUCGAUUUAUUGCCAUCAAAGCAACCUCAUACCUGUACAAAAAACUGACAGGUAGUUUCAAAGUGAUAUUUGUAAUCGUCUACACCUGGAUACAGUCUGUAGGAUUCAGUUUGCCUUUCUUCUUGGGUGCCAUACCUUCUAAAUUUCAACAUGAGCUGAAUUUAUGCACCAUAUCGGACCCAUCAUCACUGGUGUUUAUCUGUUUCACAUCAGUGUUCUGUUUUUUGGUUCCAACCAUCAUAAUUUUUAUCUUGUUUUUAAUCAUGUUUAAAAAGGCUUACAAGAGGAGACUGGCUGUCCGUGCCAAACUUGCUCAUCAGAAUUAUUCGGCCAUCAAUAGUGAACAACCACAGCUGCUGAAACACAUCGCUAUGGCCAAGUAUGCUGGUAUACUCUUCAUCUUGUGGUUCAUCUUCGAGUGUCCCUAUAUCGUGACCACCUACAUCAAACAGUUUCAGUACAGCGAAGAGAUUAAAAAUAACCCAGGAGUUGAUGCUCUCAGCUACUCGUGGCUGGUCGAUGUGACAUUCCUGUUUGUGCGAUUUGCUUUCUCCUCUGUUUUGCCAGUCCUGACUUUCCUAUGGAGAAAAGAUUUUUGGCAAACAUGGAAAGACACAGUUCUUUGUCGUAGAAGCAACUCCAUUACAGAUGUUGACACACUGUCUGGUGCUGUGAUAACAUCAAACCUUGAAAAGAAAGAUAUGGAUGACCACAUGUUGGAUGUUCCAUCACUUCGGUCCAAAGAAAGAGCAAAAGUGGAAAGCUCCAGUGCUUUAUCCUUCAACAUCCCUGUUCUGUUUGCAACUGCAAAUGGAAUUCACGUUGAGACGAGUGAGAAUGACAUAUUUUACACUGAGUUAGAAAGCUCAAGAGCCGAUGAACAGAAUGUUGUGAAGGGAAAGAAGCUGGAUGUUGUGAGUUCCCUGGAAUACAUCCCUCCUGAUACAAGUGACUACGAUUCAGACAGUGAUGUGGAUCAGUAUUCCAUCUCCCAGCCAAUCUCCACAGCUCACAUUGAGGACAGGCUGGUAGACAGCUCCACCAGAUCAGCAUCACAACCUCAGGUUCAAACUGAGGUGAACAGGAAACGAAAAGACCUGCAGUUCAAGUCUGAAAACAUUGCUGAUGUGUAUGGCACCGACUCCGGUCUCGACCUCAGCAGUAUUCACAGGAGCUGUGAAGCCAAUUCUCCACAACGCUAUCUGGAUCUGGAUAAGAGUUCAGAAGGUCCAAGUUUGGAUCAGAAUAUGAGACCUCAUGAGAAUGGUGAAGUGAAUUCUACAAACUCCAGAUUGGAUCUAAGCAGCAUGCUGGUAAAGAGUUGUGUUUCUACUUCCUGUGAUUGUUCUGAUGGAGAACAGUAUCACCAAGACACCUGUUCCUCAGGCUUCACUGUAAACGUUAGUCAUGGAGGAGGUAAUGGUGGUCGUGAUGCUUGGAUUGGUAUGGGUGAUUCAGAAGGUGAACCUUGUGCUGAAUCCCUUCCAUGCUGUCAUGCAGAGCAUCAUCAUAAUGAUGGGGUAUUCUCCAGCAUAGAUACAUCUGCCAAAAGAGAUGCCAAUUCCAUUUUUCCUGCUCUGUAUACUGAGAAGGAUGCUACCUUAGAUAUGAUUCAGAAAGAAAGUGAGUCCGCAAAUGGUGAUAAAAGCAUUGAAAACAGCAGAUUGUCUGGUGUCAAAAAAGUCAACUGUUGUAAAGAAUGUGACUCUGUGGAUGAAAACUUGUCUUGUGAAGGACAAAUUCUGGUCCACAAACCACCACUGAAACUUGAUCCUCUGUCAGGUGUUCAUGACCUAAACAUGAGACCAAAACCGGUCAAAACGAUGUCAUAUCUAGCAGGAUUGAUUCCUGAUGAUUCCAGUGCUGGCACUAAUGGUCAAUCAGUUCAGCCAGGGAAUUACACAGAGAGUGGCACCUGCCCUUCUAUAACAGGAAAGAACACUACUCAGAAGAAGUCUUGUACAUCUACCUCUACAGACAACAAACAGUCUUCUCUGAACAGGACUAUAGAGAACGAGACGUACACUUGCAUCCACACACAGGUCAGGGGAUGCUCUUCUACCACAGAGGCUAACAGAGAUAACACUACUCAACCAAAACUCAUUACAGUGGAGAACAAAUCUUGUGCUUGUUAUUCCCCUGAUGGCUUAGAACUCUCUACAAAAGGAAAUAAUAAUACUCAGAAGAACAAUUUUUGUGCAUGCAAUUUAGCUUCUGGUGUUGAACUCUUUACAAAAGGAGAUAACAAUACUCAAGCAGAUGAGUCUUCCAGAUCUACAUGUAGAAUCCAAGGGACAUCAGACAAGCUGAAUCCAUCUCUACAGAAGGUAAAUAAGAAACGGAAGAAGCACCGGAGACAGAGGACAUCUGACAGUCAAAAGGCAUUGCUUGGGUCAGGGAGUUCAUCUGAACUACAAGAGAUGAAGUCUGCUCUGGUGAAUAACACUCAAAAUAAAGACAGUCACCAGACUUUAGAUUCACUGUUCAGACAUGACAAUCAAACUGAUGGCAGCUACUCGAGUGAGGGAGUUCGUGCCAUUUCUGGAAAUACUGUUAAGUGAUUGAAGUGAGGUGUUUGUUAUUCCUUGUUCCUUCAGGAGAGCGUUGUUCAACCGUGAAACCAUCAGAUGUGUUUGAAUCUGCAGUUGACUAUUUUCUGAAGAAAAUUAAAUAUUUGACCAUUUUAAAAUUAUAAAAAAAUUAGUCAGUAUUUAAGAAACUUAACAAAAUGUAGUCUUAAAAUUAUCAGUAUUUAUGAAAUAUAAAUAAAAAGUGCUUGCUGUGCAUGCAUUUAUGACUGUUCAAUAAUAUUAUAAAAUGUGCCAAUAGUUUCUCUUAAAGAGACAGUGGUUGGUUUUAAUGUACGUCAUUGAUAGAUACACGGUGAGGGUGCAAGGGGUGUACUAGUACUCACCCAUUUUUGGACAGACUGUAUUUUGCUAAAAGGUAUACCGGUAGUAUCAUUUCUAUUUUCAGAAAUUGUAAAUGUCAUAGCAUACCUUUCACUUUUUAAUAUUACUCUCUUCACCUCUACGUAAUUGGUGUAUUUUAAAAACAUUUAUGGCAUAAAGUUUAAUUUAAAAACAACAGCAACAAAGCAGUGUGUAAUACAGUUAAUAUCUUCUUAAUAUAAAAAUAAUUCCAUUACUAAUUCUGUAUGUAGAGAAUACUACAUUAGUGGCUGAUAUAGAUACUAUUUAUCUUACAAUGAGUUGUUUUAACACAUAUCUGGUGAGCAAAACUGAGUUGGAUAAAUUUUUUAGCAACGAGUUGUAAGAUAAAUGGUACCUUAACAGACAUGAAUGUAGUAUUAUAUUUCUUACAUAUCUUGUAAAAACCAAGUUUAAAAUAAAUUGAAACAUCUUUUUCAACUAAAAUGUAUUUACGGCUGUAGUGCUUGUAUGCCACUGAGUAAUCAAUCUCAAUUGUACCUUUUUCCAUUGGAUACAUGCAAUAUGACAGUGGCAACCUUGUCAUCACCUAAGAGCAGCCAGUCGUAUGUCUUUAAAUUGUUAUCACACAUAUGUGUGUUAUUAGUGUUUGUUAUAAAAAAAAUAACUAAUUAAGUUCUCACCAAUGGGUGUGUAAAACAUUCUAGUAACUGUAGCUGUUUAACACAGUAAAUAGUGUUUAAAUUAACAAAUAAUGUUAAUGAAUGGUUUCACAUUUUAAAAUUUAUAAGUCAUGUGUUAGCGGUAAUUUCUUGCUCACAAAAAUUGCAUUGUUUAUUAUAUUUAUUUGUUUUGUAUUGUAUCAUACAUUGUAUAAGCAAGUCUUUGUUACAUUUACUUUUGUCAUGUGUAAAUAUUCAACUCAAACAUAGCUGUACACGCUAAAUGGAUCUAAAUAAUGGAUAAGCUCUGCCAACUCCCAAACCAAUUAUAGUGCAUAUGCAGUGCAUAAUUAUGUCAUGAUGGAUCAAAGACAUUUAACCUAAUAGUUUACUCUAUCAGACAGUGCAAAUGAAAUAGAUAAAAGUAUUUUCCAUUAGGAAUAGGGUUUAUGCACUGGAACUGAGUACACACAAUUUUCUAUUUAUUUAUUUUAAUUUUUUGUGCUACUUGUUCGAUCAUUUGUUUGUCUUGGUAUGAUUUGGACAUGAUAUUGUAAAACAUGACCUAUAAAUGGUAAAGUCAUCUUCAAGUUUUAAGCUGUAAUUUGCCAAAUCUGACUUAAAUUUGAAUUUGGCAAAUAUAUUUAAUUGUUAACUUGCUAAAAACUCAAUUCAAAAAUUGCAUGUACCAUAUAGCUAUCUUGUUUGUUUGGCUAAUUAAAUCAACCAAACUGAUCAUAUUGCUAAUAUUUUUUGAAGUCCUGCUAAAACCCAAAUAUGUCAUAAGAUGGUUGGUUUCUCCAAGUAUAUAAUAUCUCCCCAGAACACACAUGCAGUCAUUAUCACCCAGCUACUCCCAUGCCUCUCAUUUGGUUCAUCCAACUACUAAUACUAUUCAUUACCCUGCUCACGUACACAAUCAGCAAAACGAGUAGGAGACCAGAAACCAGCUAUCUAGUGAAUCACCUGUCGAGGAAUAGUUUGUUCAGUAUCGCAUCACAAGUUUCAGAGACCACUACACAAUUUUAAAAGAUUAAGCAGUAGUUGCUAAUCAAUUUUAAUUGAUUAGAAAUAUCACUAAUCACAUAGAUACAUCCAUCAUUUUAUUGUGUAGUUACAAUUUACUCUAUGUACAUUAAUUUUACGAUGCACUCAAAAUUUCUCCUUUGUUUUUGCUAUUUCAUUUAAUUUAAAAAAAAAAAAAAUUUUUUUUUUUAACAUACA